AUGGACGUCGACGUCGCGUCUUCUCCGCCUCUUCGCAACACCUCGCUUCCGCCCAGCAGCGCCCCCUAUGCUUCCCAGUCCUCCCCAGUCCGUUCUCGCGGCACGCCCAGAAGAAACCGCCAACCAGGCGACGCGCUUGGGCUAGCCGACGAUGAGGCAGAGGAGGUUGGCCAGAACGGCGCGCCCUCGCGGAAGAGGAAGGGCGCCAGGAACCAGGCCAAUGGCGAUGUGCCUAUAGUGAAAGACGCGGUCGGCGAGAGCGUCCAGGAGGCUUUCGAGACAUUCCUCAGAACAUUCACAGAGGAGAUCGACCUCGCACCAACCCCUCGCUCCGAUGGCGGCAUCCCUCUCGCUCCGGAUGGCGAGCUCAUCUACAUCGAGCAAAUUCACACCAUGCGCGAAUAUGAAUUGACCACCCUCUAUGUCGACUAUGGCCACCUCCUUCAAAAAGACGACGUGCUGGCCGACGCGAUUCAGAAACAGUACUACCGCUUUCUCCCUUACAUCCGACGCGCCCUCCACAACCUAGUUGCAGAAUUUGAGCCAGAGUAUCUUAAGCUCAACCCAACCGCUGCAGCUACGGACUCCGUCAACCUCCAAUCACGCGAGUUCAAUGUCGCGUUCUACCACCUUCCUCUUGUGUCUGGAAUCCGAGAUCUCAGGACGGACCGGAUCGGCACCCUCAUGAGCAUCAGCGGCACUGUGACCAGGACAAGUGAAGUCCGACCAGAGCUGUUGUACGGAAGCUUCAUCUGUGAGGUCUGCGGUGGUCUCGUCAAUGACAUCGAACAACAAUUCAAAUAUACCGAACCCGCGCUGUGUCCAAACCCAACGUGUGGCAAUCGGUCCGCCUGGCAGCUCCAAAUCGACACCUCCAAAUUCACCGACUGGCAGAAAGUGCGUAUCCAGGAGAACCCAUCUGAAAUACCCACCGGGUCCAUGCCCCGUUCAUUGGACGUGAUUCUGCGCUCCGAACUGGUCGAGCGAGCCAAAGCGGGAGACAAAUGCGUUUUCACGGGCACAUUCAUAGUUGUUCCGGAUGUCAGCCAACUCGGUCUGCCUGGAGGGAACAAGGCGGAACUACAGCGAGAAUCAGCUCGCUCAGGAGGAACUGGAGGCGCAUCAAGUGUAGGUGGCUCCGGGGUUACUGGGCUGAAGAGUCUUGGUGUGCGAGAUCUGGCGUACAAGACGGCCUUCCUCGCAUGCAUGGUCCAUGAUGCAGACGGACGCGCUGGCACAAACAUUCGGGGAGAAGAGGACUCGAAUGAUGACGACGGACAGGCGUUCGCGCGGUCGCUGACCGAACCCGAGUUCGACGAGCUCAAGCACAUGCUCGAGUCGGACCAUAUCUACUCGCGUCUCGUCGAGAGUAUAGCGCCAACCGUAUAUGGACACGAGAUCGUUAAGAAGGGCCUACUUCUGCAACUCAUGGGUGGUGUGCACAAGCAGACGCCCGAAGGCAUGCACCUUCGUGGGGACAUCAAUAUUUGCAUUGUCGGAGACCCCUCAACAUCGAAAUCGCAGUUCCUCAAGUACAUCUGCUCGUUCCUACCCCGUGCAGUGUAUACCUCUGGGAAAGCCUCCUCAGCAGCUGGCCUUACGGCGGCUGUGGUCAAGGACGAGGAGACUGGCGAUUUCACUAUCGAAGCGGGCGCCCUCAUGCUCGCAGACAACGGCAUCUGCGCAAUCGACGAGUUCGACAAGAUGGACAUCUCGGACCAGGUCGCGAUUCACGAGGCCAUGGAACAGCAGACCAUCUCCAUCGCCAAGGCGGGCAUCCACGCGACGCUGAACGCACGGACGUCCAUCCUCGCUGCGGCGAACCCGAUCGGCGGCCGCUACGACCGCAAGAAGAGCCUGCGCGCGAACGUCGCGAUGACCGCGCCCAUCAUGAGUCGUUUCGAUCUGUUCUUCGUGGUGCUGGACGAGUGCGACGAGAAGAGCGAUUUGAACAUCGCGAAGCAUAUCGUAAACGUGCAUCGGUUCCAGGACGACGCGAUCCACCCGGAGUUCAGCACCGAGGCGCUGCAACGGUACAUCCGGUAUGCUAGGACGUUCAAUCCCAAGAUGACACCGGAGGCCGCUGAUGUCCUAGUGGAGAAGUACCGGAUCCUCCGGCAGGACGAUUCGUCGGGCGCCAGCAGGAACUCGUACCGUAUUACGGUCCGUCAGCUGGAGAGUAUGAUCCGGCUGAGCGAAGCUAUUGCGCGAGCAAACUGCACUUCGGAGAUUACCCCCGCAUUCGUGCGCGAAGCCUACACGCUCCUGCGGCAAUCGAUCAUCCACGUAGAGCAAGACGAUAUCGACUUUGACGAGGAAGAGCUGGAAGGCGAGCGCGACGGCGACCACCGCGCCCGUGCCUCCUCGCACGUCAACGGCGAGGACAGCCAGGAGGUCGACAUGUCCGGCAUGCAGUCCGGCAUGGAGACCGACGGGCUCAACGAGUCCGGUGCGAACGCCUCCGCGGGGCUCCGCGCAGGCACGUCCUCGGCCGGCCCGUCGCGCGCAGGCAGUAUCGCGCCUCCCCAGCCGCAGCUCGGAGAAGAGCCCGCGAAGCCAAAGCGGCGCAUGGUGAUCACGCACGACAAGUACGUGACGCUGCAGAGCCUGAUUGUGAUGCACCUGUCGCAAGUCGAGCGGGACACGGGGCGCGGGAUGGACCGGGACGAGCUCAUCGACUGGUACCUCGAGCUGAAGGAGGACGAGAUCCAGGACGUGGAGGAGCUCGAGUACGAGAAGGAGCUGAUCACAAAGAUGCUGCGGAAGCUCGUCAAGGACAACUACUUGCUCGAGAUCCGCGGCGACGUACAGGACUCGCUGCCGCCGUCGAUGGAGGAGGAGAGCAGUGGCCAGCAGCAGUCGCUCGAGUCGCAGGACGGCGCCGUGCGCGUGUUCUACAUGGUGCAUCCCUCCGUCGACGUCGAGUCGGGGUCGUCCUCUAUGGCGCAGUGAGCGCGCUCUGCUACUGGCUUCGAGUUGGUUUCCAUAGGACUGUCGUCAUCUCUGCAUGGUCUCUCCGUUGUUCCGCGUUACGAUUACGAAUCGCUGCUGUAUCCACGCUGUCCCUGUUGUACGUCUCUGCUCCGCGCUCGUCG